AGAGCCCCCCAAGUCCCAGGGAGCCCGAGGGUGCCGGUGUCCCAGCCGCGCCAUGCAGCCCUGCCUGCUCCUCGUCCUGGCCCUGCUGGGCUCGGCCUCCGCCAGCCCCCCGGCUCCCGCCAGCCCCGAGGCGGAGGACGCGGCGCUGGAGGUGCCGGAGGAGGAGGAGGAGGACGGCCGGUGCCCGCUGGAGAGCGAGACGCGGGCGCUCAGCAUCCCCAACGCGCUGGGUGCCACCACCACCUUCCGAUACGUCAUCGUCACCAGAUGCCAGUCCUUCCGCAGAGCCCAGCGCACCUGUGCCCGGUGCUACCGUGGGCGCCUGGCCUCCAUCCACAGCUACAGCAUCAACGUCUUCCUGCAGCGCCAGGCACGGCUCUGCACCAACCGCGGGCAGGUCUGGAUCGGGGCCAUCACCUGGCCUUUGGGCCGCAGGCUGAGGUGCCGCUGGUCAGACCGGAGCGCCUGGAACUACUCGUACUGGCUGCGGGGCUACCCGCUGCGCUCCCGCCGCUACUGCACCUCCCUCUGCACCAACAACGGUCGCUGGAGAAGCCUGCGCUGCCGGGUGAGGCUGCCCUUCAUCUGCGAGUACUGAGCGGCUCAGCCCCCCCGGGGAGCCCCCCAGCCCUGUGCCCCCCCCGGGCACCCCCCUGCUGCUGUCCCCCGCUGGCCCCGGGGCAGGGGGCUGCACCCCCACCCCCGAUCUCAAUAAAGUGCCAGCUUUCAG